CGAGCUCCCUAUAAGCCCCCGCUCGUUCUUGUUCGCGUCCCAACCGCCCCUUGCAUUUCACGCGCGACCUUCAUCAGCUCCCUGUCAUGCUUGGUCGAGUCUCCCUCCCACUCAAGUCCGUCGCACGGCGCAGCAUCAGCAGCCAACGGUAUGCAUCUACCAAGACGAUACGGGAGGCACUCGAAGAAGUCAUCCCCGCGCAGCAAGCUCGCCUUAAGCAGCUCAAAGCGGAACACGGGCAGACCGUCAUAGGCGAUGUCACGGUCGAGCAUGUCAUCGGCGGUAUGCGCGGCCUCAAGGCCAUGCUCUGGGAGUCUUCAGUCCUGGACCCAAUGGAGGGCAUCCGGUUCCACGGUCUCUCCAUCCCUGACUGCCAACAAGUCCUCCCUGCCGCCCCGGGAGGCAAGGAGAUCAUCGCCGAGAGCAUGCUCUGGCUGCUCAUGACCGGUAAGGUCCCGACAGAAGCCGAGACCCGCCAGCUUUCGCGCGAGCUCGCAGAGCGAGGUGAGCUGCCCGACUAUGUCGUCCAGCUCAUCGACGCGUUGCCGCAGACGUUGCACCCGAUGACGCAGCUGGGCAUGGGCGUCGCUGCGCUGAACAAGGAGAGCAAGUUCGCUGCGGCGUAUGAGCAGGGGAUCAAGAAAACGGAGUAUUGGGCGCAUACGCUGGAGGAUAGUAUGAACCUUCUGGCGCGUCUGCCCGCUCUGGCGGCGAGGAUAUACCGCAAUGUCUACAACCCCGGUCAACCCAUCCCAGGAGUGAGCAAGGACCUCGAUCUCGUCGGGAACUACGUGAACAUGCUUGGAUACGGGAACAACCACGACCUGACCGAGUACCUCCGACUGUACAUCGCACUGCACGGCGAUCACGAAGGUGGAAACGCGUCUGCACACACAGCCCACCUUGUCGGUUCGACCCUCUCAGAUCCAUACCUAGCGUACUCCGCCGCGCUGUUCGCGCUCGCAGGACCGCUGCACGGCCUGGCCAACCAGGAAGUCCUCCGAUGGCAGCUCAACAUGCAGAAGGAGAUCGGCGACAACGUCUCGCACGACGACAUCAGGGAGUUCCUCUGGCGAACGCUCAAGAGCGGACAGGUAGUGCCUGGCUACGGCCACGGCGUGCUGAGAAACCCGGAUCCUCGGUUUAUGGCGCUCCAGAAGUUCUGCGAGACGAGGCCGGAGUUGUUGAAGGACCCGGUGAUCCAGCUUGUCCAGAAGACGUACGACGUUGCCCCCGGUGUGUUGAAGGAGCACGGCAAGACGAAGAACCCGUAUCCCAAUGUGGAUGCUGCAUCCGGAUGCGUGUUGUACCACUAUGGCCUGACCCAGUUCAAGUAUUAUACCGUGAUCUUCGGUGUGUCGAGAGCUCUAGGUUGCCUAACCCAACUCGUAUGGGCCCGAGCACUCGGGCUGCCCAUCGAGCGACCGAAAUCACUGUCUAUGGACGUGAUCGACACUCUCGUGAAGAGCUCAUGAGGGGAACUAGCGAUUAUAAAUAUGGCGUAGGAGAUGGGGUAUGCGAGUGCGAGCGGAUCUUCGGGGAUUCGAGGGGAGGCCAUGUACUAACAAGCAACGAGGUCAUUCGGGAACGGUUGUGUGUACUAUACAUAACGUCAUUGCGUGCUGUCUCUCUGCACAGUCCUGAGCGACGGGCGAGCGAGCAGUCUGAGUGAGUAUGGAGAUAGACCGGGGGCUGGACGAGCGGUAAAG